CUGACACUAUUCAUUAUAUUCAUUUGGAGAAAAAAAUGGCAAAUGACCUUUGUAUAAUUAUUUGUAUAAUUAUUUUUGAAUGAAUCAUGAGGAUUGUUUGCGCAAAUCAAAACGCUACACUGCUUAUUUCACAACAUAUCGUUUUUGUAUAAUGUAAAUUAUGAGAUGUACAGUACCAUCAUUUUAGAAGUGAAUUUAAUUCUGAACUAUAGAUGGCAGUGCUUUACAUUUUAAAUAAUUACACAAACCUUGUGCAUAGAUUAUGACUUCAUCUCUCAAAUGUAUUUGAUUUUAAAUUUAAGAGUAUCUUUUUCCACUCAUAAAAUGAAACACUGAUGAAUUAACCUGAUGAUGGGUACAAAGCAGCGUCGUUUGAAAUCAGAGUAACCUUGUUCGAUGGUUUACCAAAUAUAAGCAGUCUAGGACAUCCCUUCUUCCAAAUGAACAGGAAAAAAAAAAAAAAAAACUCAACUGGAUCUAUUGUGAAUAGUUUUGCUAUCUAUGUGGGGUUCAUACGGACACUGAUACGGAGUUGUUUUGAAGUAAUUGUAAACUAUACACCAUACUUCGUACAGUACCUCUGAAACUGAAGUGACAGAUGGAUAUUAUGUACUUAAGAAAUACUUAUCGUAUUAUAUGAUAUUACUAAAACAUAUUAUUACUUUGCUAAAUAUAAAAUACAUAUAAAUCCCAAGACAAACUGUACAUCUGACUGUAUAGAGUUGAAGUUUUUUAUUCAGCUUUACAGAAUUGCUUGCUGAUAGAAAUAUUCGAAUGCCUGAGGUUCAAUAUGUUCAUUGUUUUCACCUCUUUUUAAUCACUAAAGAGCAAAAGCUUCCCUAUUUCUAGAUUUUGUCAUCUAAUAUACUAAAAGAGACUUUACUUUCUGAUGUUUCCUAAAGCCUAAACCGAGAUUUCGUUUCAAAUGCGGUAUCAUUACUACUCAUAGAAAGAUGCUGUUAUUUUCAAGUGCGAGUUGUAGUGAGCGAUGCUUGUAGACGCAUAGUGUCGCUGUUCACCACCAAAAUAUUUUUCUAGAAAAAUUGCAACGACCCUUAGCAUUUUUCAGCAGAGAACCGGGCAGUUUGCAGAUGCAUGUACAUGGGGAAGAUAAGCACAUUUCACAAGAAAUGUUCUCAUUAGAUUUUUAAUCGGAAUUGGCGAUUGAUCAUUGAGGACACAUAACAUAUCCUCAGACUGGAAACUGGGGCCUUGGGACCUGACUGAUUCGUAACCGAAUUUCCUGAGGUGCGGUUAUUCUCUGUACUGACACAAUGCUUCUCGAUUUUACACCGUUUAAAGGAGAAAGGUACGUGCUGUAUCUAUUGUCUCUUUCUUUGCUGUCAAACGUGGUACAUUCUUUGAUUAAGUACUCAAUUCCAGAAGAAAUGGCAGAGGGGUCCGUUGUUACAAAUAUCGCUACUCUUCUGGGACUUGAUAUGAGCAACCUAGCCAAACGCGAGAUGCGACUCGAUUUCACCUCUAGCAAGGCAUAUAUAGAUCUCAAUAAAAACAGCGGGGAGCUGUUCAUAAAAGAGAAAAUUGAUAGAGAGGAGUUGUGCGGACCCAGGGACUCAUGCUUCCUGAAUCUGGAAGUUAUAAUUAAAAACCCAUUAAAGAUUUACAGCGUCGAAAUAGAAAUAACAGAUGUGAACGACAACUCACCCGUUUUUCCAAUAAAUAAUAUUGAGCUGGAAAUUUCCGAAUCGGCGUCACCGGGAGACAGGUUUUCUCUCGACAAAGCCACAGACAAAGAUGUAGGCAAAAAUACGGUCCGCACAUACAAGCUGAGCGAAUCUCCACAUUUCUACAUAGAAGUGCAGACACUAGACGACAGCUCCCGAGUUGCUGACCUGGUGUUGAAAAGAGCAAUAGACCGAGAGCAGUAUCCAAAUGAGCAUUUAAUUUUGACUGCUGUCGAUGGGGGAGUUCCCGAAAGGUCUGGCACUGCCAGCAUCACCGUCCGUGUCUUGGAUGCUAACGACAACGCCCCUCAGUUUGAGCAGGCAAUCUAUGUAGUAAACCUGACGGAAAAUGCGGCAGUUGGGACUGUUGUACUUCAUCUCAAUGCUGUGGAUUUAGACGAUGGAUCGAACGCGGAGGUUGUGUAUUCAUUUAGUAAACACACGUCCGAAAAGGCCCGGGAGAAAUUCAUCUUGGAUCAGACAAAGGGAGAGAUUCGGGUUAAAGGGGAAGUGAAUUACGAAGAAAUCAAUAUGUUUGAAAUGUAUGUUCAAGCCAAGGAUAAAGGACCGAACCCAAUGAUGGGUAACUGUAAAGUGGUAAUACACCUGAUCGACAUGAAUGAUAACCACCCUGAGAUCAGUAUUAAAUCGCUGAUGAGCCCUGUUCAAGAGAACGUUGCUGUAGGUACGGUCGUUGCCCUGAUCGGGGUAACUGAUGUGGAUUCAGGUGAUAAUGGCAAAACUGACUGCCGCAUCUCUGAAGACCUGCCUUUUACACUGAAGAAGUCUUCGGACAGUUUCUAUGAACUUGUUGUUGCACAACCGCUGGAUCGGGAGACAGACCCGGAAUAUGAAGUCACUCUUAUGGUUACAGACAGAGGGGUGCCUUCUUUGUCAAGUAAUAAAACCUUAACUUUGAAGUUGCUGGAUGUCAAUGAUAACCCACCGACAUUCGAGAAGCCUUUUUACACAAUAUAUGUACCUGAAAAUAACGCACAAGGGGAGCUUUUAAGUUCUGUGGUCGCCCACGAUCCAGAUUUAGGAGCAAACGGCCAUUUGACAUAUUCUAUGUUGGAAAAAGAAGCCAUAAAUGUGUUGGUAUUCAAAUACUUCUCCGUGAACCCGGACAACGGCAACAUUUACGCACUACAAACUUUUGAUUUCGAGAAAGAGAAGGAUUUCUUUUUUUAUGUUGAAGCCAAGGAUUCAGGUGUUCCUCCCCUCAGCGGUAAUGUCAGCGUCCAUAUUAUUAUUCUCGAUCAAAAUGAUAACAGUCCCGUCAUCGUUUCGCCAUGGCGCGCACAAGGUUCCGUAGCUGAAGAGCUGAUUCCAAGAUCGGCUGACCAAGGUUACCUGGUGACCAAAGUGAUCGCCCUUGAUGCAGAUUCAGUGCAGAACUCACGGAUUACAUACAAGUUUCUACAGGUCACAGACUCUAAACUGUUUAGUCUUGACCAGUACAAUGGGGAAGUUCGGAUAAUGAGAAUGUUCACCCAGAGAGAUUCUUUUAAACACAAACUUAUCAUCUUGGCCUGCGACAACGGGGAACCCGCUUUGUCCUCUACAGUUACUAUCAAACUGUCAACGUUAAACCCCGUUGCAAAAGCUGUCUCGAGCUUGAAUGAGGAGCCUUUGGAAUAUGACUUGUUUUCUGAUUUAAAUGUGUAUUUGAUAAUCGGUUUAGGUUCCGUUUCUUUUCUGUUUUUGAUAACUAUAUUCGUUAUUAUCGUGCUCAAGUGUCAGAAACCAAAACCUGCAGAAGAGCCUCCUCCCUGUAGGAACAGUUUCCCCAGCCUCAGGAACUCUGUGAACUCUCAGAUAGCGGACUCCACCUUGAUCUCCAGCGAUGCCUACUGGUACAGUUUGUUUCUGGCGGAGACACGGAAGGGAAAUAUGGUUGUUAGACAGACUGUGCCGAACGGGGCUGGAUACAUCGUUUCCAGUAUACCAAGGAGCACAGGGCAGACAGAGCCAACAGAUUCCACAACAUCAACACUACAGGAAUCCAGCAGUGGUUUCCCAUGAGGCCAGCUUUCCUGGUGGAAUCUCAUCAGCAUGAAUCCGUCAGCAACACAGAAAAAACCUCCCCAACUGACACCAGUCCCGAGGGCACCAGUGAUGUGAACCACCACCUCUAUGCCCCUGUCAUCCUCCCUGAGUGCUCCUGACUGAUAUGUCCUACCCACCUUCAAGCAUGACUCUGCAUGGCUAUAGAACCAGAAUGGGCUCAUUAAAAACAAUAUCGAAACACUCCUUGACUGGCAUCUGCACCGGCACCUCAAGAAAUAGAGGGACAGUAUGAAAAUGAAAAAAAGCUCAUUGAUGUCCUUGAAGAAAACUCCAUCCCAAAAUCGCAGGAAAACUUGUCUUCUGAGAAACUGCAAAAUAGAAGGAGAACAGAAAAAAUGCCUUUUACUGUGUUCUGGUAGGUCCUACCCAUGAUGGGUAGCGCACUAAGGAAAAAUAUAUGGCACGUAGGACUGAGGAGCUGUUUUAUAGCCUAGCUUUUGUAACCCCAUAUUUUUAUCCCUGUUAGUAUUCAAAAUCUCUGUGCUGUUGUUAUCAGUCACAAUCUUCACCAUUAAUUUCAGUGAUAUCUGACAUUAGAAAAAUGUUCAAGAAUGUUGUCUUAAAAAUGGGAUCAGUUUAGAACACAAAACACAUAUGCUUCGUUUUCAUUAGGUAAAAGGCACCCAUAGCCUAAAUACGUUUCCUUAAAAUAACUCAUGAUUUAAAUAUUUGUAAACAGAACCCAUUUACAUGAUUGAAUUGACAUCUUGAAUUAUAUGUAGUAAUGAAGGUAAAGGUCACUCAGGAUUUAAUCUAAGUAAAAAGCCAUUUUGGUGCACUAUUGUUAAAAAUACUUCAACUAAUUCAGGAAGGUAUGAUUUUUAGUUGUUUCUGAUUUUUGCAUAAGCAAACUGGAUUUGGACAACUUUGUAGCUAGAUAUGAUACCUCAAGCCAAAUCAUUCAGAUUAACAAUUCCAUGGUAACAAGUCUCUUUUUAUUCUCACACUGUGAAAAAUGGCUUAGAAAUUUUAAUUUUUAGUGAAUUAAGCCACUUGAACUGGUCUUUUUACUUGCUGUCGAAGAGGUCUUCAACCUACAGUAGUCAUAAAAUGUUUUGAAUAGAAAUUACACAUUGUGAGAACACGUUAAUGUAUUUGAUGUGUUAAUUUAAUCUAGGUUUUUAUUUAGGUUACAUUUAUAGAUAAAGCAAAAGUAGUGUUGAAUUUUGUGCAAUGAAUUAAGCACUGGCCACGUUUUAAUGUUUACAUUUAUUUUAUAAAAUGUAUGACUGAAAAUAAGCAAAAAUUAUUGACUAUAUAACUUUUAAUGCUGCUUUGUGUGUAAGCUUUUAUCCAAGUGCUUUGUGUAAAGUAUUAUAUUAGUGGUGCAAUACAUAGUCUGCUUUUUACAUACUGAUAGUAUAUUAAAGUAUCACACUGCAAGUGAGGUGACCCACAUCCUUACAUGUAACCAAAAUAAUAUAAAUUGUAGAACUAGUAGGUCAUUUGAUUCUCAAGUGGGCCCAUAGCACGAAUUUCUGUAAGAUGAGGAAAAGACUAAAAGCAAAAGGAGACUACAAAGAUGAAGAAUGAAUCAAAUAUCUUCCACAUACUAAAUCUGGGAAAACUGUUUUAAAUUUGCAAUAAAGCUUAAAAUAAUUUAGCUUAAAAGCUUUUAACAUACAUCCAAUGGAACCUCUAAAUUAUCAAGUGUACAUUUUCUCUCCCAAAUAUAUCUGUAAUUCUCAGGUCUGCUAUUGUCUUUUCAGUGUUCAUUACUGUCAUUCUGAAAUUGGUAUUUAAAUACUUUAGCUGGUGUGAUAUGUAAUGUCCCAACUGAUGUUUAUUUUCUUAUUAUUUUUACAUUUUCUUGCAGUAUGUAUGGCACAGAGUGUGGUUUAUUUCCGAUCCAUUUUGUAAACAAUAUGCAUCAAGUGUUCAAUGACUCUGAGCCUGUUUCUAUAACCUUUGACCCCCUGGGAUGGGAAGCACAGUUAGAAUAUCAUGUCAAAGGCCUUACGUUGUAAGCAAGGUAAAGAGGGAUUCUGUUUUAGAUAGUUAGCCUUUGCAAUUUCUGAUGGAAAUUAUCUCUAAAAAGAGCAUCCAUUAAGUUUUACAGGGUGCAAGUGAAUAUUGGAAGAUGUCCUGAAAGUCAUUCCUAUGAAACAAGAUUCAAUGAAGUGUUAUUAUUUUCAGACUUAUUUUCCUUGUGCAUCGAAGGGGAAAGAGAACAUUCCCUGAAAGCCAAUAAAUACAUGACAGAUGCCUCUACCCUCUGGUCUCAUGAAUAUCAAGCUUUACACAGAGGUUCCUUAUAUCUGUUCUAAAAUCCCAUUGUUAGGCCUUAUCAAUAAUAAGGAACGUUUUCACUUUCAGUUCUUCAAUAUCUGUGGAGAUUAUCUCAAGAAUUAAAUAUUUGUAUGUCCAAUUAUACUUUAAGGGCAUUUUUUACUGUUAAAACAAUAAAUGUACUGUAUAUACUUGCUCAUUGUUAUUCUAUAUGACAAAAUCCAUACUUAUGUUUUAUUUAUUGCCUGUGAUAUUAACUCUGAAUUUAUUUCAAGACAUUCAAUAUCUGUACAGAAUGCAAAGUCUAUGGUAUAUGAAUUAGGUAAGCAGUUUUUACCACAGGAACUGUAAUUAGACUCCAAUGAAACAUGCACAAAUAAAAAAGAAAGGCAUUGAUUUGGGAGGUUAGGAUAUUCAUGUAUGGAAAUAGUGAUUUUUUUCUUUACCUUUUUGUCUUGCACAAUGCAGCCUUACACUCUUUAUUCUUUAAGAGUGUCUCUUUUGCAAUAGUUUUCUCCUUGAUUCUACUAAAUACAAGACACAUGAGGAAUAUUUAAGUAUUGUAUGUAUUUUACUUAUGCCUUCAGUUAUAUUUUCCGGUUAAUUUUUUCUGACAACUGUUUUGAUUUUGAUUUUUGAUUUGGAGCCUUUUGGAUUUUGAGUUUUGCAUUUCUAUGGAAAGGCAAAGGAGAGAUUAAUUAAACAUGCAACCAGCUGUUUAUUUUCUGGGCUAAUUCUGAGACAUCACAAACACCGACCAACAUAUCUGGACCCACUUGAGAAGAAAUAUUUAAAGCCUCUAUCAUCAUAUAAUUAUUAGAUAAUGUAUUCUACAUUAGGAAACAUUGUGCUGAAUGUCUUGUGUUUUUCCUGAAAUGCAAAUAGACAUAUAAAUUAGCGGCCUCUCAUUGAGAUAGUUUUAACUCAUAGCGUAUCUGAAACAUUCUGUAAAAAAAGUCAAUUCUAAGUGCAUACAAACGCUAGACAACAAUUCUGAGGGAUUUAGAGACUUUUAUAUCUAAUUUCAAACUUGAAAGAAACACAAUAAGUAAAUAAAAUAGCUUCUUUCAGAUAGCUAAUGAGUUAAAGCUAUGUGACUAGGAUAUUUAUUUUAGGCAUAUCAAUGACAGUUCAGGACUAUGACCAUGGGUUUGCUCUGCACUGACAUUAUUUUCAAAAAGGUGUUGGAGCGCAGGUACAUAUGUAGGUUAAAAGAAACAUUUAAUCCGAGUACAUCUCACAUUUACCAGCUUCUUAAUGUGUUUACUAGGUUUUAACUGGAUAAUAUAUUUUGAACCACAUUUCUCUCCAAUCUGAAUUGCUUGGGGUGAAAUACUGGUAAGGUGUGUGCUAUAGGCCAAAAUAAAAAUAUAUAUAUUGUUGUGCUUGUGUCUCUGUGAUUAAGUAUUGGGUGAUUAUUUGUUUAAUGAUGCUGCCCACUCUGCAUGGCAUUUUAUCAUUAUUUUUGUAAGGAAGGUUGGCACUGUCUCCUGAAGCAAAUGAAGUAUGCUAGUGAAAUAGAGCAGGAGUGUGGGCAUGGAUUGCUUUCUGGUAAUACUGGAUGGUGUUUUGCUUGUAAAUACUGAAGUGUGAAUAAAAGCUUUCAAACGAA